AUGAUUAAACGGAGAGAAAUCUUCAAGAAGAAUCUUCUCUACAUUCAAAAGUUCAAUAGUCAAGGCAACAACACUUACCGUCUAGCAAUAAAUAAAUUUGCAGAUAUGAACAACGAAGACAUGUCAGUUUGUGAACAAGAAGAGCCCAGUGGUUUGUUGGCAUCUGAGAAAAUUGUUUCGUUUAACAUUUCUGAAGAAGAUGUACCAAAUUCCUUUGAUUGGAGAGAACAUAAUGCUGUUUCUCCAGUCAGAGACCAAGGAACAUGUGGUAAUAAUCUUGAUUUUUUAUACAUUGUUUUUGAAUGUAUUGCUACCGAGGAUGACUUUCCUUACGAAGGAGUAAAACAAUCCUGUGAUCCAAUAGAAGACGUCGAUAAACUAUACAUUGAUGGCUAUACUACACUAGGUACUUAUGAAUGGUCUUUAAGAACAGCUGUCUCACGCCAACCAGUCGCUGCUUCCAUUCGUAUUAGUGAGGACUUUAGGUAUUACGGCAAUGGGAUUUACCAAGGAGCUUGUGGUAACCAAGGGCAUGCAGUAUUAAUAGUGGGAUAUGGUGGUGAAAUUGAUGAAGAAAAAUACUGGAUUGUGAUGCAGUUGGUGGAACUUUAA